AUGAGAAAGGAAGGUGAUAAUGAAAGGCAAAAACAGCCAGCGUUGGGUGCGGCGCUGCAAGAGUCGAUAUCAUUUGACGCUCAACGGGUUAGCAUAAUCAGAUGCGAUGCAACCUCCGUCAUGUUUGUUUUCUGGUUCCACGUCUCUUGCUACUUUCCAGUUUUGACGGCCUGUCUGGGGCCGAUAGGAAAUACAAUAUCGAUUGCAUGCGUCGUGGAGAAAUGGCGGCUUCUCAAAGUAUUCGAGAACGGCGUUGUUACAGGUUCAAUUCCCGUAAGUGAUCCAGGUGGAAUCUUCGCUGUCAAUGUCAUCUCUUUAGUGCUAGGAUUUAUCUCCAACAUCGCUUUACUGUUGCAUUUUGGCGAAAGGUUGAGCUAUUUGAAGGCACAAUGGAUAUGUAUCGUAGGUUGGACAGCUGCAAGCUUUAUGCUAAUGAUUGAUGUAAUAAUGUGCGGUUCAAAAUACAUGGGUGAGAAGUAUGAAAAGUCUAUUGGAUAUUGGUUUGCCGCUAUUACGUCGGGUCUUUACUUUGGCUGUACUCUCACUUUAACUACACAUUUUGUUGGAUAUCUUCUAGGAAAAUAUCCAGCCAGAUUCAAUCUAAUCAAGAACGAGCGAAGCUUGAUGGUAUUUACGGUUUCUUUCUCCAUAAUUUUGAUUUGGGGUGGUGGGAUGUUCUCAGGACUACUGCAUGUUUCAUUCGGAAAUUCCUUGUAUUUUUGUGUUGUUUCGAUAUUGACAAUCGGAUUGGGUGAUAUAGUGCCGGUUUCUCUCGCUUCGAGGAUUUUACUUCUCUUUUAUUCUUUGCUUGGUUUCAUUAACUUGGCGCUCAUCAUAGCUAUGACGACAGGGAUAUUCAGAUCCUCUAGCGGUCCGGUAGUUUUCUUUCAUAAGGUUGAAGUGCAGAGGAAGAGGGAGCUUUUUCGCAUAAAGAGUAAUGAAAUCUGCUACACAUCUGAGGAGGCCUUCUCUACGAUGCAAAGGAUUAGGAAAAAGGCUCGCUCAAGGCAGAAAUUUGAGGCUCUGCUGUUUACACUUUUGGCUUUUGUUAUUUUUUGGCAUUUGGGCAGCUUAGGAUUGAGAUUUGCUGAGGGGUGGAGCUACUUUGUGGGAAUGUAUUUUUGCUUUUUAUGCCUUCUAACCAUUGGAUACGGUGACUAUGCGCCAGCUUCCGGAGCAGGCAGGGCACUCUUUGUAUUAUGGGCCUUAGGAGCUGUACCGAUGAUGAGUGCAAUCCUGUCAAAUGUCGGAGAUAUUUUACUCGAAUUCUCAGACACCAUUGACGUAUCAAUAGCUAAGAAAUUCAAGUUAGGGCUUCAGAGCAUCAUCAUUCGUGGUUCCGAAUCUUGGAACAAAUACAUUGUUAAUGAUGAUGAGAUACUGCCUGAGGAUGACUCGAGCGGCCAAAACUAUGACGAAGAGGAUGAUAACGAUGAGACUGAUAGUGAACAAGAUGAACGCAAUAAUCACAGCUCCAAGGAAGCUGAGCUGUCGGCUUCCAGUGGUCCUGCAUUGCAGGAGCUUCGAUCUGAAACGCCGGUAAAAACACCUCUAAGAUCAAAUAUGCAUGAGAACGCUGAAUGUGAUCUCCGAAAUACUCUCGAUAUUUUCAGCCUCUUUCACAAAGAUGCUUUGCCUGUUCAAAGCAGCUUUUCGUCAAUUAGGUUUAGCGCAAGCGAUUUGCACCGCAUGCUAAGCACAUUAAGAAAGUUCAGGUCAAUUGCACAACAGAACAAGCACUAUUGUCUCACUUUCAACCAGUGGCGUGAAUUACACGAGCUCCAUAGCUUGACUUAUGAUGCUAGCGCCUUCGAUGACCCGGCUUUCUGGCUUUCCGAAUGUAGUCCGUUGAGGUUUCCACUUAACCAGCCGAAAUUUGUUGCCCUACGCCUUUUCAGCAGAAUCGAGCAGAUAGUUUCUGAUCUCUUGACUAGAGAGGAAAGGAGCUGUUAUGUGUCAGAUAAUAGGACAACUACAGUACUAGGGUCUGAAGCACGAGAACAGGGAAGGUCUACAGCUGUUGGACUUAAGAGAGCAAGAUCAGCGACAUUCUGA